CCUUCAUUCGCGAGUAGUAACUAACGCGUGCGGACGUGGUUUAUGAGUGCUGCUUGGGGCUUUGCUCGGCACCGAGAAGCAUCAUCUCCCGGAGGUUCUCGUGCGGAAGAGACGCUAUCAAUUAACAUUUUUCGCGCUCGUUUCGGUGCAGUGUUUUGCAGCUUCCUUCGACGUAGGAUUAUGUUUUGCCCGGUAGGUGACAUCAGAUAAUCGUGCAGCAGCGAGUGUUGAGUUUGCAUUGAGCAGCGACCAAAGUGGAAUUCACAUUUCGCAUACCGGUCCAGUUCUGCGAAUUGCGCGCAGUGAGAUAUUGCUCACGAAAUUGGAUUUUUAGUAAGAUUGUGUAAGGGUCUGAAUGUUCACACAGAAAAUCUCGGCAAAAGCGUUCAACUCGUCUCGCGAUGGUGCAGCAACGAUGGUGGAUGAAGAUAACAGCGCUACUGUGAAUGUGCAAGGAAUAUGAAUUAUCGUGAUACCACUGUAAAUUGAAGUGUUUCGAUUGGAUCGACAGUUGCGAAGAAAAUAAAUUACGCCAAAUGUUUAAUGAAUUGUUGGUGAUUGUGGUGAUCUAUUUUGGUAGAUUGAGUGCUUCGUAAAUAAUCAAUCAAGAUUCCGUGCUCGUGCUGGAAACAACAUAACAAGAGCUUCUGGUAGCACCACGAGGUUGAAGUUAUCGUAAGGAGGAUUAAUUACGUAUCAUCAUCGAGAAGAUUUUACGUAUCAUAUACGACUGACGUCAAUCAAGUAGUCAAUCAUAGGUGCCACUCGAUUACAGGUAGUCUUCCUAAAGCAUACCGACAUUGUGGUCAUUUCAUCCAAUUGAGACGCCUCUUCGAGACACUCAUGCCGCUUCGAAACAGUCGUGCUGACUUCAGUCUAUUAUCGGUUUCCGUACUUGAAUUUUGCUGAUAUCAUUUUUUAAGAUGUCACGUUCAAACUUCCAACGUUCCCAGAGCCGUGUCUGGUAUGGGGACAGUGCAUUGGAAAAUCCUUUCUAUGGUAGAGCUGGCGGCAUGAACAAUGGAUAUUUUUAUCACCACAAUCAGAUUCAUUCCGGCAGGCAACCACCGGCGUUCAGACCGACCCGACUGGCUAGAUUUCCGGAAAUGGAUGAGGAGGAGGAACUCGGGCUCCAGAGUACGCCUGAAAAGCAGAUCAAUAUUAAUCUGAGCAGCAGCAACGGAAGCAGCAGCAGUAAUACAUUAUGGAGUGUGACAACUCGGCAGGGUAGUCCUGCCAGCCACAAGAGUCAGGAUUCGGGAUUUUCGGACACAGAAGGAUCUCCAAACAUGCCCUCUAUCAACAGCAACAGUAGUUCAGCCAGCAAGAAUUGUAACGAAAAUCUGUCCUCCCCAGAUAAAUUAACGCCAAAGCGAACGAUCAACGAACAGCUUUUCCAAAGAUCACCAUCGACAAGUAGUGAAGCUCCGACUCCGCCAACCGUUAUUCGUCGACCUUUACUUCCAUCGGAAGAAAGAGUACGCGCCGAGCUCAGUCCUCGCCGAAUAUCGUACAGUGAGUCAAACUCUCCUACUCCCAGCGUAGAUCUGAUUUCUAAGAUCGAUAGUUUAAAUUUCAACAACACAUCACCCCUCGAUGCUAGUCAAUUGAACACGAGGCUCGACUCGACCGAAAUCGAAGAUAUUUCGGGACCUUCAUCACUUCCCAUAUCCUACCAAUGUGCUUUGCGAAAUAGUGCAAGUUCCUUAAAACGCGGACGCGUCCUUACCAAAUGCAGUCGGGUGAAACGAAAUCUGAAUCAGCAGCUACAGGAUUCUGACGAAGAGAUGAUUUCGUUGGAUAGCAGUGAGUUGACCAACAUCCUCAAUCAAACCUUGGCGCAGGACGUCAGUUUGUCAGUGUUGCAAACGCCCAAAAGUAUUCUGAAAUCUCCCGCAACGUACAACAAUGAAACAGUAGUUUUAAGUUAUGUUCCUCAAGAAGUAAACAACAACACCAACCAAAGCUCGAAUAGAAAAGAGCUGCCAACGCGCGAGAGAGAGCUGCCAACGUAUGCCGAGCUAUAUCCGAACGGAACCUCUACUCCGAUCAUGUACCCACCGAAAUUCUAUCGUUCGCUACCUCCAACACCGACACGAACGCUGCGAAGUCCCGUCAAAGUUCGACCAAUGAAAUUGAUUGACAAUUUCUACGAGGAACCGGACCAGAAUCCCACCAACCGUAUUUCAAACGGAAGCGAAUUAAAUUUCACCCAGUAUGACAAUCCACUUCUCAACGGUCACACUCCCGCUGUGCAGUCCUGGUUGGAUGGAUUACGCUUCUCCUGUCAAAAUGAGGUUAUGUCUAUUUUGCAAACUAAAUCGAUCAGUGCCGCAGUAUCGCGAAAUCUCAAGAUGACUUCUGCAACUGCGGUCAAACUAACACGACAUUUGCAAUCAAAGGUAGCAGUUCUCCAGGGUGAAUUCGAAAAGGUCGAGAAGCUAUUCGCUUCGAUCAAGCGCUAUCAGCAGCAACAAGAGGACGAUGAUGAUGAUGAUGAAGAUGAGAAGGAAAUCUACCAAAAAGCAGCACCAUUGGUUCAAAGUCUUGCAACCAACAUCUAUGAAUUUGUUCAGAAACAGAAAUCGAUUGAUUAUUUCGGUAAAGAUCCUAACGAGCGAACUGAUCGUAAAAAGUUUCUGGAAAACAGUCAGUCGUUGGUGGAUAUGACGACAGAUCUGAGGGUCGCUGCUGCCAAUGGAGAUGAUUUCGACUAUAGAUCUGUUGAGGAAGAGGUCCAGAUUGUGAAGCGAUACUUCUUGAUAACGAUACGAUUGAUCUUCAAGAAUCUGAUCAAAGUGAUCAUUGACUCGAUCGAGGAUUCCAAGUGUGACCUGAUGUUGCGAUCGAAUCUAACCUACGUUGCCAGUUUGUCUAAUCUCGACUACCAAGGGUUGGCGUCGUUGAACGAUGCGUUCAUUUCCAACGGCACGGUGCGAGCCUUACUAAUCGUGUGCAUGGACUGUAAGUUUUCCUCGAUCAGAGCAUUGGCUCUUCGGGCUCUAGCAACGGUUUGCUCGACGACGGAAACCAUUCGACAGCUGGAGAAGGCCGAUGGGGUAGAAGUUUUACGCGACAUACUGGCCGAUCAGAGAUCCAACGAGCGCGGAGAUCCGGAACUUCGGGAAGCCGUGUCGGUGCUUACGCAGAUAACCGCACCCUGGCAUGGCGAGGAACAUCGCAUCGACGGUUUGCGGCAGCACGUGCAUGCGAUUGUGGAAGCGGUGACGGAAAUCGUUGAACGGACGACCUGCUGCCAAACGCUGCUGCUUUGCUCCGCUUGCCUGAACAACCUAACGAGGAUUGAGGCCACUGCCGUGUAUUCGCUGAUGUCGCACGAAACGCCCGGGAAACUGAAAGUGGCCGCCGAGAAACGAGGACCCGGUGCCUCCGUAUUCCUUUUCGAACAAAUCACCUCAAUGCUGUACAAUAUGUCAUCGAAUCGAAAGUCCCAUCACCACUUGGCCGCCCGACCCUUGGUACUUUUCCUUACCACCAUAUUCAACCAAAAAUUCUACGAUCGGUCGGACAGCCGCGUCGAGUCGGAAGCCCAGCGGAAAACGGUGAAAAACAUUCUACACAUACUAUCGCGGCUAAUCGGCAGUGCUGCCAUCGGUGGUCAUGACGAUCUACUGGAGGGAACGGUUUUACCGAUUUUCGCCCGGGUCGAGCGCAGCCUCGAUAGCCGCAGUGAAUACUUUCGCGACGUGUCCUGCCUCAACCGCCGGUUGAACGAAAGUCUCGGUCAGAGACCGGCCGGAGCAGGGACACCACCCGGACCGGGUGGGUCUACGAUUGUCAGCAUAAAUCCCGUUAGCGCCAUCACCGGCAGGGCAACAAAUCCUUACAUAACAAGAUUAACGAUCGAACGGCAACCGAACGGGGGCAUUGUUAUGCUGGACAAAAAUCGUCAGGAGAGUUACGUUUGAUUUGCGGUUUUCAUUUGCUGCACUUUGUAAGUGGAUACAAUUUUAAUGCAAUUGACUAACGGCAGGAAAUGGGGAAAUUCGGUAAUUUUAUCAGAUUCAAAUGGAUUUUAUGCUUCGGACGAAUAGUUAAGGGGACUGUUUUGGCUGCCGUGCUUUUCGAUGAAUUAUGUAUCACUCAGCCUGAUGAAAAAUUUACAAAUAAAUCAAGUUGUUCCGAUUGCAGCUGCAAAGUCCGAAUCCAGUAUCAAGUGGUUGAAGUAAAUUAGAUUAACUUACCGGCGCCGUCAACGACGAACAACGAAUACGUUAUCGAAUAAUUUAAUAUUAGUUGUGCCAUAUAUACAAUUUCAUACAGUGUUUUGGUGUUUAAGCGCAUGUCUGUAAAUAUUUAUGUAUUGUACAAGAAGAACCAAUGAAACUCACUAAUAAGAAAUUUAAAAAAUUAAAUCACCUCCUUUGGGGAUUCAUUGGCUUACGAUUACUGCUCUAAUGAUUGUUAUAAAAUUUCUGUAUGUCAUUUCAACGCAGAGUAUUAAUAUAUGCCUCGAUAAAUUA